AUGACCUCCAGGCCAAUACGCAAGCUCCCCAAGCCCGCGCUCUAUCCCGCCUCUGGUUCCCGAUGGAACCUCAAUCCAUCCCUCCGACUCCAGUUUUCUCGUCGUUGCAGGUCCACGGCGGCCGCCAGUAGCAGCCGGCUCCUGCGGAAGGUAUUUCCCAAGAGAUAUCUGGCACAAGUCCGGUCUGAACCCAUCUCCGAGGUCUGGUUUACAGCAUCGGCUCCAAAAUCCGGUCCUGCGGAUGAGUUACUCGGCACAACACCUCCAAGAAGCAAUGGGACACAGGAUCACAAGCCUCCAGAUGAGCGCUUACUGAGACUGGGAAAGACCCUCCGACGACUGUCCCCGCUGCUUCCCAACAUCCUCACAACCCCUCUCCCGAACGAUAUUCUGUCUCCUAAUAUCUCUCUCCACCUCUUUCCCUCGACGCAUCCUCAUCUACCUGCGGUGAAAGGCCGCGUCGCCUACCACGCUGCACUCUGGACCGCCCCAGUUGCUUGGGGAUGCGUCCCAAUCGUAGGAAACGUCAAAUUGAAAAUCAUCUCGGAGAAAGUCGUUCGAACAGGGUUUGCCUAUCUGACUCCGGCCAAUGAAAAUGAAGGCGAGGCUUCAGAUCUGAGCGAAGAAAAACUCGUGGUCAGAUGGAAGACUGAGCCCAAGCAGAAUGGAAACGGAAAUCCAUCUGCCGACGCCGGAGCCUCAUCGUCAGUACAAUCAAAUGCCGCCUCUGACAGCGGCAUCAAUCGAGGCCUGUCGAAACUCCUUGGCGGCGAUAAACCAAUAUUUAACCUCAACAAAGGCGAUGACUUCACAGGCCUCUUCAUUUUUACAUUUGACUCCAAAGGCCGUAUCUCUAGCCAUACCAUUGAACACGCUGAUGAGAACAAUGGGUUCGAUAAGACCAGCAAAGUCGUCACGUUGACAGACUGGCUUUUGGGAAAGGCCAAGUGGAGAAGAGGCAGAGACAAGGAACAGGAGCUUGUACCAGGAUUGGCAAUGAGGGUGUGCAGGGACGAAUGGAAUAUCAGGAGACGGUUGCCCUGA